CGCGGACUUCUUUUGAACGCUCUGGAUGGUGUUACAAAUAUCUGUCAUCAGUCACGACUGCACGACAAUUGGUCUAAACUUGUAACUCACGCAGGUACAGGCUCCUGCUGCCAGCCAGUCCUUCCGGAUGUCCAAGUACAAAGUCUUUGUGAUGAGGCAUGGAGAAGGGGCCUGGACCAAAGAGAACCGCUUCUGCAGCUGGGUGGACCAGAGGCUGAGUGAGGAUGGGGUAAAGGAGGCCCUGGCGUGCGGUCACCUCCUAAGAGAUGCUGGCUACCACUUGGAUGUGGUCUUCACAUCCCUGCUCAGCCGCUCCAUCCACACAGCCUGGCUGCUGCUAGAGGCCAUGGGGCAGGAGUGGGUCCCAGUGGUGAAAUCGUGGAGGCUGAAUGAGCGCCAUUAUGGUGCUCUGAUCGGACUCAACCGCGCCGAGAUGGCCCUAAACCACGGCGAGGAGCAGGUGAAACAGUGGAGGAGGAGUUACGACCUCACGCCGCCGCCUAUCGACAAAUCACACCCUUACUUUCUGGAGAUCUACAACGACCGGCGGUAUUCUACUUGCGAUGUUUCUAAAGAGGAUCUCCCUAAGUCGGAGAGCCUGAAGGAUGUCUUAGAGAGGCUCCAGCCAUACUGGGAUGGCACCAUUGUGCCGGAGAUCAAACAGGGGAAAUCGGUGCUCAUCUCUGGGCAUGGGAAUAGCUGCAGGGCACUGCUGAAACACUUACAAGGUAUAUCAGAUGCUGAUAUCGUCAACGUGACGUUACCCACAGGAACGCCUAUUCUGAUUGAGCUGGAUGAGAACUUCCGGCCCACCAAACCCAUGCAGCUCCUGGGAGACCAGGAAGCCAUCCAGGCAGCCAUCAGGAAGGUGGAGGAUCAGGGGAAGGUUAAACAAACAGCCUGAUUGGCCUGAAUCUAGUCAACUGAAUUAUAUUCAUUAUAGAUACUAGUGGCUUCUAGAAUCUAGUCAACUGGUUGUAAGACUAAUAUACGAAUUUGCCCAGGCCUGGGCUAGCACUUAUUUGGUUGCCUGUUAUGCACCAUUAAUCAGAUUCACUCAAAGCUGAAUUCUUGGAUUUAAUUCAAUCAAUAUUAAGUACAUGCUAUUGUAGCCAGUAAGUCUCAUAGUGAAUUGACCGUAUACAUAAUCGUGGUAUGGCCUUAACCCAGGCUACCCUAUUGGGUGCAACAAGGAAACAAAAUAAUAUUGUUCAUACAGAAAUAAGUGGUGUCCUGAAGGGAGUUACAUUAACAGGCAUAUUUAUCAUUAACAAGCAUAUUUGGUAAUAGGCUGACUAAGCGUGUAUUGAGGCAUUUUGACAUUAAAGGAAUAGCAGCCUGUAAAACCAUCAAAUGUUCCUUAAAAAAAAAAAAAAAAAAAACUUUUUCAAACCUCUUUCACGUGCCUUCACUGCCAUUAUUCUCAAUUUCUGUAGGACUUUGCGAUGCAAUUUUGUUAGUUCUUACAAGUGAAUUAUGACUGUGACAGAAUACAGAAUCUAGCAGUAAAAUAUGAGCCAGCACUAACAGGUACAAAUGACGUUAUUUAUCAAGAAACUUUAAAAGCACUUCAUAACAAGUAUUACCUCAUUGAGACUGACAGCCAGGCUAUUCAUUCCAAGACAGGUCGGUGAUUGUGUGAUCAAAGCUUCUUUUAGUACAGUAAUGCUGUAAAUGUGUUGUUGAAAAAGAUAGGUCAAACUUGAUAAGAACAUGUCCGCUCAUACGCUACAUGCUAGUUUAAGAGAAGUUCGGAUGAAAUAACUGUAGUGCUCAUGCGGUUAAUCCUAAAAUACCUACGUUGACAUGCUGAUUUAUGACUUGCUGUAUAUUGCCGUAUAAUUUGACACAAAAGCUUCUCUUGUUUCAAUUUGUGACCCACCACCUGGAUUCGGUUCUAUGCAGCAAAAUCAGAUUUGUAAAAAAAAAAAAUUAUUUUUUAUUUUUUACAUUGCAUGAAAGUAGAGACUCAGAGCUAGAAAAUGGUAUUUGAUACACUGCAGUUGAGGAACAAUGGAAAAUGUAUUCUGCUUUGAAUGUUGAUGAACUUAUUUUUGAGAAAAUUGCUAUUAAUGUUUUGGUACACCUACUGGAGAGGUCUUCUUUGUCUACACCCAUUCAACAUGGUUCACACCCUCUUAAGUCUCACCCAUCUCUUUAAGGAUUCACAUGUGAGCCCAUGUGCUAAACAGAGGGAGUAGUGUAGUAAACAACUAAAGAUUUCAAGGCUAAAAGGGGUAAAAGUAGUAGCCUACAAUAAGGAAAAACUCCAGGUAAAAAUAUACUUUAUCUAGUCCUAUAUCCUAAUAUGACAUUGUUGCAGGUCAUGUUGUUCAACACAUUAGUAUCUCUGGUAAACGCACACUAUAUCAAAUAAAAUCUAUGUUUAUUUAAGGUGUAAACGGUACAGUGAAAUGGUUACUUGCGUAGUAGUAAUAUAAAAACAGAAAGAGUCCAGAUAAAAAAUAUUUGUUCAAUAUUUUAUAGUUAUUAGAUGACGCUUACCCAGACAAACCUGUCCAUAUUGAUGGGUCAUGUGUAACCACCCCACGGCCACAUCUAGCUAAGUGGAUGGGUCACUAUUGUCUAGACAUGUACACUUGUUCAUGAAAUACAAAAGAUGUCUGUAAUCAACCCCGGUCACACCUGGCUAACUCGAUGUAAUCAUCUGGCAAAGUUGAGUCUUUUUGUUUAGACCUGUAGCUAGCUAAACAAUGAGCCGGCAUAAUCCCAACUCCAACUACAAUCAAUAGAAACAUUGUCAUAGCUGUAGUAUGAAUCUGCAGGUAGCUGUGGUGGUAAAGCUAAAGCUAACCAACUAGGUUCAAUGUUAGCUAGGUAACAUUAGGCUAUAACUAGCAACGCAAAUGGAUUUCUGAUUUGAAUACAUUUAAUUUUUGAAUGGCAACAAUAAUAACAAUAUUACACAUCAAUACAGGGACAUUCCUGUGAAUACAAUGAAAGAAAUGAUAUAAUACAACACCAGGCGAACCCCCCCCCCCCCCAAAAAAUAGAAUAAUUCAGGACAUUAUUAAUGUGACAAGGCAAUGAGACAUUAACAGCCAUUCAGAGACAUGACUUUUUCAGAGAUAUAUGAAUUUUUCCAACUUUUUAAGUUUCACAAGUUUGAUAGAUUUAUAAAAUUGUAACAGGUCAAUGAAAAAAAACUACAAAAUAAGGAAUCGCCCCAUUUUACAUUUGUGAAUUGUGCUUGAAUAUAAUUUUCCAGAAAAAUAACAUUACCUGGUGAAACUUAGACAAUUUCCCAGGUAAUUUUGGAGGGUCAAAAUCACAUUUCUUUAGGAAUUCAAGUCCACCAAGUUUAUUAAACAGACUGUUAGGGAUAUGAUACCACAUAGAAGUAGGAUUAGACAGACAUGAUAUCAACAUAACGACUCAAAAUCAAUAGCCUGUAAAUCUCCACGAUCAUAGUCUUACUAAUUGUUAUUUCUGAAUAUUCCUCCAAACAAAUCUUAAUAUAACAGAAUUUACUUUUUUUAUGUUAUUAGAAGAAAGAGAAAGGGACUGACUUGGGUAAAUGGUUCUAGAUAAACCAUCUGUCUCGGACAAAAGAAUACGACCCAAAAUUGAGAUAUCACAUUGCUGCCACUGACUUAAUGAAACUCUCAUGGAAUUAAUCAUAUUAUCGAUGUUUAAAGAUUCUCUAUCUGAAACGUUUUUAGUGAUAACAAUUCCUAAAUAUUUAACUUCCUUUCUAACAGGUAUGGAGGCAAUGUUGACGAAGGCAAUGUUGACGGAGUCACAGCAAAGAAUUGUCAUGAGAUCACAUUUGUUAAGGUUGAGAGUCAACCCAGGGGCCAUAGAACAUUUCUUGAUUCUGUCAAUAGCCAAGGGAAUAGACGCUCUAUCCUUUAGGAAAAGGGCCGUAUCAUCUGCAAAUUGACUGAUAUUUAUAUCUUUACCAAAAAUACGGAUCCAUUUUAAAUUCUCAGAUUUGUUAAGAAAUAUGGCUAGUAAAUCUGUGGCUAAAAUAAAUAAGAGGGGAGAUUGGACAACCCUAUCUAAAUCCUCUAGCAAUAGAGAAACAAGGGGAUGUACCAUUACUAAUAGCCACCGAACUGCUAAUAUCAUUAUACAGUACAUCAUCCUUAUCACUUAUCACACCUUAUCACAGAAAUCCACCCAAAAGUAGAGAGUUCUAAAUUAAAAGUUGGGUUCUAAAGUGUCAAAAGCCUUAAAAAAAAAAUCUGAAAACAUUAUAAAUCCACCUUCUAUGAACACUGUAAUCUAAAAUACCACUCGUAUAUGGUUAUGGAUACUGCUUCCUUUUAAUGAAGGCUGAUUGAGUUUCACUGAUUAUAUCAUCAAGGCCUUUUUCCAGCCUAUUGGCAUAGACAUGGGCUAGUAACUUGUAGUCAGUUGCCAACAACGUGAUUGGUCUCCAAUUGUCCAGGUAAAGAGAGUCCUUCUUUGGGUUUGGGUAUAACAACUAUUAUUCCCUGUUUUCUAAAAGAAGGUGGUAAGAUAGCAUAAGCAAUUCCCUCUUUGUAGUCCGAAAGCAAUAACUCUCUAAUAUCAGGCCAAAAAUGUUGAUAGAAUUCAGGAGUCAUGCCAUCCGGUCCAGGAGAUUUACCUAUAGCCAUUUGUUUAAUGGCUUAGUCCAACUAAGUAAUAUCUAUAUCAGAAUCACAGAGUUUCUUAAACCUUUCUUCUAUAGGGUUAACCGAGUUAUUAACUGAAUCAAAAAAGGAAUUCAAAUCGCCUUCUGAAAGAUGAGAUUGAUAUAGUGAACUGUAGAAAGAGUAUUUUCUUAUUAAUCACUUCAAGAUCAUCAGAUAUAGUGUCAUUUACAGUGGGGCAAAAAAGUAUUUAGUCAGCCACCAAUUGUGCAAGUUCUCUCACUUAAAAAGACGAGAGAGGCCUGUAAUUUUCAUCAUAGGUACACUUCAACUAUGACAGACAAAAUGAGGAGAAAAAAAUCCAGAAAAUCACAUUGUAGGAUUUUUAAUGAAUUUAUUUGCAAAUUAUGGUGGAAAAUAAGUUUUUGGUCACCUACAAACAAGCAAGAUUUCUGGCUCUCACAGACCUGUAACUUCUUCUUUAAGAGGCUCCUCUGUCCUCCACUCGUUACCUGUAUUAAUGGCACCUGUUUGAACUUGUUAUCAGUAUAAAAGACACAUGUCCACAACCUCAAACAGUCACACUCCAAACUCCACUAUGGCCAAGACCAAAGAGCCGUCAAAGGACACCAGAAACAAAAUUAUAGACCUGCACCAGGCUGGGAAGACUGAAUCUGCAAUAGGUAAGCAGCUUGGUUUGAAGAAAUCAACUGUGGGAGCAAUUAUUAGGAAAUGGAAGACAUACAAGACCACUGAUAAUCUCCCUCGAUCUGGGGCUCCAUGCAAGAUCUCACCCCGUGGGGUCAAAAUGAUCACAAGAACGGUGAGCAAAAAUCCCAGAACCACACGGGGGGACCUAGUGAAUGACCUUCAGAGAGCUGGGACCAAAGUAACAAAGCCUACCAUCAGUAACACACUACGCCGCCAGGGACUCAAAUCCUGCAGUGCCAGACGUGUCCCCCUGCUUAAGCCAGUACAUGUCCAGGCCCGUCUGAAGUUUGCUAGAGAGCAUUUGGAUGAUCCAGAAGAAGAUUGGGAGAAUGUCAUAUGGUCAGAUGAAACCAAAAUAUAACUUUUUGGUAAAAACUCAACUUGUCGUGUUUGGAGGACAAAGAAUGCUGAGUUGCAUCCAAAGAACACCAUACCUACUGUGAAGCAUGGGGGUGGAAACAUCAUGCUUUGGGGCUGUUUUUCUGCAAAGGGACCAGGACGACUGAUCCGUGUAAAGGAAAGAAUGAAUGGGGCCAUGUAUCAUGAGAUUUUGAGUGAAAACCUCCUUCCAUCAGCAAGGGCAUUGAAGAUGAAACGUGGCUGGGUCUUUCAGCAUGACAAUGAUCCCAAACACACCGCCCGGGCAAUGAAGGAGUGGCUUCAUAAGAAGCAUUUCAAGGUCCUGGAGUGGCCUAGCCAGUCUCCAGAUCUCAACCCCAUUGAAAAUCUUUGGAGGGAGUUGAAAGUUUGUGUUGCCCAGCAACAGCCCCAAAACAUCACUGCUCUAGAGGAGAUCUGCAUGGAGGAAUGGGCCAAAAUACCAGCAACAGUGUGUGAAAACCUUGUGAAGACUUACAGAAACUGUUUGACCUCUGUCAUUGCCAACAAAGUGUAUUUAACAAAGUAUUGAGAUAAACUUUUGUUAUUGACCAAAUACUUGAUUUUCCACCAUAAUUUGCUAAUAAAUUCAUUAAAAAUCCUACAAUGUGAUUUUCUGGAUUUUUUUUCUUCUCAUUUUGUCUGUCAUAGUUGACGUGUACCUAUGAUGAAAAUUACAGGCCUCUCUCAUCUUUUUAAGUGGGAGAACUUGCACAAUUGGUGGCUGACUAAAUACUUUUUUUGCCCCACUGUACAUAGAUGGAUGUAAUACUAUUCCUAGUCUGCCUACUCUUCUCCAAAUGAAAGAAAUAAGUGAAAUGUUUUUUCAACUUUUUUAAUCCAUUUGGCCUUUGAACAGAUGAAGGCCCCCUGUUCCUUUUUCAUCUUCAUUUAAAUCUAGUUUAUUGCUCAGCCUGUUAAUAUCAACAUCUGCUUGGAGAAUCUUUUCUGAGCUAGCAUUUUACCAGUAGUGAUGGCAAGACAUUGAAUUCUGAAUUGAAUCAUUUCCCAUUUGUUCGUAGAAGAAAGAGCAGGAUCGAGACAGGUCUCUCUGGUAAGAGCUUUAGGCUGUAAACCAAAUGACUCAUUCUUUAAAAGAAAAGAGUUACAUUUCCAGUAUGCUUUCGAAAAUCUCUUGUCAUUAUCAAACUAAAAGGAAAGAAUAAUGGAACAAUGGUCUGUCAGAGGAAAUAGCUGAGGAAAUACUACAUUCACUGACAAGAUUCAUAAUAUUGGAAGAGGCCAACCAAUGAUCAAUUCUAGAUUUUAAUUGUCUGUCGCUAGUUGUAGAGUUGAACCAAGAAAAUUGUUUUAAAGUUGGAUUCGGUGAACGCCAAAUGUCGGAAAGUUGAAAGUUGGAGCAGAAAUUUAGAAUUGAGUUAAUAAAACAAUGGGCUGAAUGCCUGGUGGGAUACCUAUCCAUCCAGUCAUGAGGAGCAACAUUUGAAUCCCCUCCAGCAAUAAUGUUAUCUGUAGAAUAUUUGUUUUUCAAUUCAAUUAAGACUUCACUAAUAGAUGUUAGAAGAAUAUCGUUUUUUGACUGUAUGUUAUAACCAUAAAUAUUUACCAAUAUGUAACAUGACCCUUUUAUAUUCGAAAACAAUAGUUAUCCAGUGACCCUCAGCAUCACACCUGCUUUCUUAAACUGUACCAGGAAACCGUCUGAAAAGUAUUCCCACACCAGCAGAAUGAGAUGAGCCAUAGCUAAAAAUUAUCUUGUCACCCCAUUGUGAAGUCCAACAUUUUUAAGUCAGCAUCUGAGGAAUGUGUCUCUUGAAAUAAAAAACAAUUGGACUUUAAUGAAUCUUUACAAAAACAAAAAUUCAAUGCGUUUUAAAUUGGUACAGAAAACCCCUGGAGUUCAAGAGUAAAAAGCAAAGAAAUGUUGAAGAGCAGAGUAUCCGAGAUAGAGUUGUCUAGAAUAAACAGGGACCCUGAAUAUGACGGCAGCAUAAGCCCUUCAAAAAUGUACUUGACGAACAGUAACGACCAUAAAAGGAAAAUAAAUGGAUAGACCGUGUAAUAACACAUAUUAUAUUAAUAGUUUAGAUCUUCAAUGGAACUCUUAAACUUAAAAUAAAAACAUCUCUGACAGCUAAUCAACCCAUAUGAAAAAUAAAUGGAGAUUUACUUACAUAUUAUCAAUCUUGAAACAAAACGAAAUGAAUAAUAGAUAACUGAUAUCUUAGUAUGCCAUCAAAUGAGAAUCAAAAAUCAGUGUGCUUACGUUGGUUAAUGUUCACAUUCAAAACUCGCCACUACGGACAGUAUGGCCCUAUGCAAUAUCACCUAUAUGUGGUGUUCAGAUAAACGAUUGCAUGAAUAAACCAGUUGAAACGGUAUAUGGCUUCAUUAGUAUAAGCAGGCCAACUCAUGAAGCAUAAAUCAGUCAGGCACGUGGCUCCACCCUGCGGUCGUCAAUGACAGCAAACCCCUCGCGAAAGGAGGCUUUUUUUCUCCCUGCGUCUUGCCUCAUCGACCUGUGGCCACAGCUUCGCAUGGGCAUCCCUGUCGCGCUUGCUGAAAUCUUCUGCAAAGCGAAUGCCUUUCUCCCUGUAGAUCGGCGCAAGUUUGGCACCUCUCCACACCUCGUCUCUCACGUUCCUCAACGCAAACAUCAUGAUGACCUGUCUGUGUCUGUUCAUCUCCUUUCUCUUAUCUCCGAGACGGUGUACAACAUCUACAGCGAUGUUCAUAGCAGGGGAAUAUGAAACAACUUUCCCAAUAAUGUCAAUCACAAUCCCUCUGAUAUUCUCACCAUCAGUUUCAGGUAGGCUAUUCAGUCUCAGCCCCCAUCGGCGCUUGUAUCGGUCCUGUUCAUCACUGGCUGUGCGCAGCUCCUCGUUUUCUUUUGUCAGGGCAUCAACUUUAUUUUUCAACAGUUUCACAUCCGUGGUAAUAUUCUUAAUGCCUGCUGCAUUAAACUCUGUAGUUUUGUGGGGUUUCGAAGGGGUUAUUUGGACACCUGUACCGAAGACUAAUUCCUCCGACCUCGAUACCGUUACUUCUGGGAGAGUGUCAAAAUCUUCCAUAGAUUUUUUUGCUAACUUCCAUCUCAGCUAAUGUUACUAGCUAGCUAGUCUUGGCUGAACUUGCUUGAAGUAUAACAAAGUGGAAAAGCGAUGUUCGAUAAACCCCCAAAAAAGACAGCAAAAAUUUAGAGCAUCAAUGUUAUUGAGAAAUGUAGCAAAACUUUUGUAGUUCUCGAUUGAUAAUGUUGUCUUACACAGCGGUGGAAAGGACUAUCAAGACAUACUGAGCAGCUCACGUUAUAGACAGAAGCAUGCUACAUGGCAGACCAAUCCAAACUCAUCUCCCGGCAUGUCCAGCCCAUCCAUUAUCUCAGCCAGUGUUACCUUAAAAGUAAAAGUAUUCUUAACAUAGUUUAGGUUAUGUGAACACCACUGCAUUUUCAAUUGAAUACAGUGCUACUAAAGAUGUUUAAGAUUUGUACAUUAUUGGGAUACUAGUAUUCAGGGCCGGUCCUGGCCGUUCUGCAGCCCUAGGCGGAAAAAAAAUGGCUGCCAUUACAAGAAUAAUCCCAGUAAGCAAAAUGAAGUUGAAAAAACGUCUAAAAUAAGUAUUUUUCCAGAUGUUGAAGUUGGGUUCAAUUUAAGCUAAGUUUAAAAUAGGUAUUUUCCGGUCGUUGAAAAUAGGUAUUUUCUGGAUGUUUAAAUCAGGUAAAUUUUUUGGUUCUGAAUGAAAGUUGAAAAUAUGUAAUUUAUAGACGUCUAUGUUUGGGCCAAAUCAAGGCUGGUCCAGACCGGAAAAAAAUCGGAACCAAACAUAGACCAAAAAAAUCCACUUUUACAUUAUGCGGCAUAGGUCAGUGACAGAAAAAUCUAAUUUCAAUACAUUUCAAAUUCAGGCUGUAACUCAACAAAAUGUGGAAAAAUUCAAGGGGUGUGAAUACUUUCUGAAGGCACAUUGUUUGUGGGGCAUUACUGUGGUGUUUUUUUCCCCCCAGGGAAGAUACAUGUAUGUUACUUUGUUUGUGUGUCUCAUUUUGUAUUGUACGUCUGUCUGUCUAAUAUUUUUGUUACGCUCGCCAUCUGUGUCAUAAUAACCAUCAUCUUUGGUGUUGUGGUCAUUAGGGAAAUGACUAAUAUUAUUAGUUAAUCCCUAAAACCGUAAAUGUGUAAAUAUAUUGACACUACAAAAUACUGUAGUCAUGUCCUGUAAUGUAUUAUCCCCACGGUUAUACUAAAUGUGCAAUGAUGACAUUAAGUAUUAAACUUAGUUUGAAAACUUG